AUGACUUCAUAUUUUAGCACAUUACUGUGGGGAACGUCCCAGCUCGACGAUGCAGUUGACAAGGCGACCUCCGAGUUAUUACCCUCAGGCUCUGAGGACAUCGCACUCAACCUUGAAAUUUCUGACCAGAUUCGGUCAAAGUCUGUAGCCCCCAAGGAUGCAAUGCGUGCAAUGAAGCGCAGGUUGAAUCACAAGAAUCCGAAUGUGCAGCUGCUCGCUCUGGGUCUUACAGAUACGUGUGUGAAGAACGGUGGAGACCCGUUCCUUGUCGAGGUUGCGUCGCGCGAGUUCAUGGAUAAUCUCGUCUCAAUACUCAAGAUACCCGCACUGAACCAUGACGUCAAGAAUAAGAUUCUGCGCUUUAUCCAGAACUGGGCCACCGCGUUCGAAGGACGAGCAAAUCUCAGCUACGUUGGAGAGGUUUAUAAGACCUUACAGCAUGAAGGAUUCAACUUUCCGCCACGAGACCCGGCCUUGACCAGUGCAGCUAUGGUCGAUACUCAGACUGCACCCGAAUGGAUUGACUCGGACGUGUGCUUGCGAUGUCGAACAGCUUUUACCUUCACCAAUCGCAAGCACCAUUGUCGCAACUGCGGACAGGUGUUCGAUCAGGCGUGCUCGUCAAAAACCAUGCCGCUCCCUCACUUCGGUAUCACGCAGGAGGUCCGGGUGUGCGAUGGCUGCCAUGCCAAGCUGACAAAGAAACAUAAGAGCCAUCGGCCGUCACAAAGCGUCUCUGCUACCCGGCAUCGUUCUGCGAGAGAUAUGUACGAUUCCGAACUGCAGCGUGCCAUUCAGCUAUCAUUGGAAGAAGUCGGCGCGUCGGGUUUGAAGCGUCCUGGAUAUGUUCCUUCAGCAUCGUCAUGGCAAACGUCAGAACCGCCCAUCGUGGAUCGCAGCUCAUAUCCAAGUGCAGUGUCUCAGUCUCGUGCCGACGAGGAAGAUGAUCCGGAAUUGCGUGCUGCCAUCGAGGCAAGUCUUCGUGAAGCUAGUGCUCCGAAGCCUAGUGCCCCUCUUAGCAUUGAGACUCCACGAACCGAACAUGCAGGCUUCAACUACAGCUCGGGAUCCGGCUAUGCCCAAUCAUACCCUCCAAACUCCGCCACGCCAAGACCCACCGUACCUACCUUGCCGAGCUAUGACCUGGAACCUCUCGAGGAAGAUGCUAUUCUGACGUUCAGUCAGACGGUAGAGCAGCUGCAACAACAGGGCGGUAGGGAUUUGUCGAGGUACCCGGCGGUAUCGGAGCUAUACGACAAGGCGAACGCGCUUCGGCCAAAGGUUGCUAUGAGUCUCAGCGACACAGGGCGGAAAGAACGUGAGUACUUGUGUCCUUAG